GCCGCGGCUCUACCGGAGGGAGGAGGAGAAGGAGGAGGAAGAGGAGGAAGGUCUAGCACGGGCAGAAGCUCGGCUGGCUGAGGCGACGCGUUCGCGCCGGGUCUGGGGGCUGCCCAGCUGGGUCCCUCCCGCUGUACGCGCGGGGGUCUCGCAUCGCCCCCGCGGCCGGAGAGCGGAGCCCGGGCUGGGAUCCGGCGGGGCCCGUGCCGUGAGUAGGUGCUGCUGCUUCAUUUCCCAUACUAAAGCGGUUUGUAGGCCUGGGGGACACGGCCGCAAUAUAGCAUGAAAUGACUACCCCAAACAAGACCCCACCUGGUGCUGAUCCAAAGCAGUUAGAGAGGACUGGUACUGUUAGAGAAAUAGGCUCACAAGCAGUUUGGUCUCUUUCAUCCUGUAAGCCAGGGUUUGGAGUGGAUCAGUUACGAGAUGAUAAUCUAGAAACUUACUGGCAGUCAGAUGGAUCACAGCCUCAUUUGGUGAACAUCCAAUUUAGAAGAAAAACAACAGUGAAGACCUUAUGUAUUUAUGCAGACUACAAAUCUGAUGAAAGCUACACUCCAAGCAAAAUCUCUGUCAGAGUAGGAAAUAAUUUUCAUAAUCUACAGGAAAUCCGGCAACUGGAAUUAGUGGAGCCCAGUGGCUGGAUCCAUGUUCCUCUAACAGAUACUCACAAGAAGCCCAUUCGCACCUUUAUGAUCCAGAUUGCUGUUCUCGCGAAUCACCAAAAUGGAAGAGACACUCACAUGAGGCAAAUCAAAGUGUACACCCCUGUGGAGGAGAGCUCCAUUGGUAAAUUUCCCAGAUGUACAACAAUUGACUUCAUGAUGUAUCGCUCCAUCAGAUAAAAUGUCCUCAUGAGGAAUAAUAAAGUUAUUUUUUCAUGACUAUAUCAUAGCUAAAGAAUUCAGAUACUUAAAGAGCAGGGUUUACUUCAGUGUAAUUAUAUGUUUAUACUUUGUACAAUUUUGAAAUAAAGAUAAUCUUCUG